AACGUCAACAAUAACGCUGUCACAGGAAAACAGAAAAUUGUCGAAACCCAGUUUUUAUGUUCAGAUAUUUUAAAUUUAUCAAAAUUCUUGUUAACCGCAUUUGAAAAUGUGCAGCCGUGGUAGGGAUUGUGCCAGAGAGAAUUCAUCCAGAAUUUAUGGAAAUGCACCGCCACCGUCGCACAGGACAGUGCAGAUUUCUAUGGAGAGGAGUCCAACGAGGGGAGAAUUUCCUGGCAUGAAUAAUUUUUCUGAGUACACAGUGCCUUGUCCAAAUUUAAGAAUACCUCCAGCUGCAAGAGCAUUUCCUGGACCAUAUGCCAAUCCGGCACAGUUUGAUACUUUAGGUCCUCAAAUCGAUUAUAAUCUUGGAUGGAUACCAAAAGAUAUAAACUUGUCGGAACUUUUGGAUCAGGGCGCAAAUCAAAUGUCGAGCCGAUUCAGACGUCCUGAACAGAACUUCACGCCUGGCCCAUCGCCUUAUCCUCCGGCCCCUGACCAGGUAUCGCCUAACGCAAAUCCUCUUUUAGAACGUGAACAACGUGAGAGAGAUGAGAGAAAUACGGACACAAAAUCGAUAGGAAAGAAAACACAAGAAUCGUUAAUCGAAUGGUUUGAUCGCUCUGUUGAGAAGGAACUGAAGAAACAUAAGGAAAAUGCUUUAGGUGCAAUGCUAAACUUGGCCCCGCCUCCACCUUUGGAUUCUGAUACACUUCCGGAGUUAAAUAUAUCUAGAGGGACAUUGGAAAGACUUGCUGAAGCUACCGCUAGCCAAAUGGAGGUUUGCUUUCAGUUGAGAAGAGAACCUGACACUGAAUUAGCCGAUGCAGUGGAAAAACUGGCAAAAGCAGAAACCAUGUGUGCAUUCGCCGGCGCAGUUCAAGCUGCCGAGGCUGCUGCGGAAGCGGCACCACCUGAGUUGGCGGAAGAAGCAGCAGUGGCAAGCGCCAGAGGUUUUCAAACUGAGGUUGCAACCUCAAAUUUCCAUCAAAACAUUAGUGGAGUGAGACCCAUUGAGGUGAUCGGUUAUAUUGGUAUUACAAAACCAAAAUACCCAACGAAAAGGAAGUAAUAGAAUUUAUAUUGAUUGCAUAAUAUAUUUUAUAUUACGAUAUUUAUUUUUUCUGAUACAAAUACUUUUGUAAAUAUGGAAUUUUACUUGCAGUAAAUUAUUUAAUUAUGUGUAUAUAUUAUGUACUUCUAUACAUGUUAUACUUCAGUCCUUUUUAAAAUUUCUUUUUGUAUAUAUAGGAACUAAUUAAACAUUUUGGAAGAAAUAAUAAUAAAUAUAAUAAACAA